AUAUUUGGUACGAAUUGUUGGGACGUCGGACAUACUUCAGUCUUUUCAUUGACUUUUUGCCAAAAGAAAAAUUACAAAUUAGAAACAAUUUCUUUAACAUGAACAAUUCUAAGCUAUUCCUCAAUGCCGCAAGAAUCUACUACAGGCAGAUGAGUAAAUCUGCUCAAAUUACAGAAACUGUAGCACCUAGAUACGCAACUCUUAAAAAUAUCCAGAAAAAAUUCCAGGUUGAUGAUGGGUUACCAGUUUACAUAAAACAUGGUUUCGGUGACAAAUUUCUAUACAACGUAACAUUUGCGUUGUCCAUCGUUGGAGUGGGCCUGUCACUGGAAACGUUCUACAGGCUAGUGUUUGGUAAAAAGUAAGAUGGGUUGUAUUAUAUAAUGUAGUAAAUUCCGUAAUGUAACAAUACCCUCAUUGUAUGUUUUUAUUGUAAUAAAUUUUGUUUCCAAUUAUUA